AAAACAAAAGGCACUCGGGAUUGUUCUUCGAUACGAAAAAGGCAGCGGCAAUUCAAAAUCUUCUUAGUUCAAACGCGUCUCUCGGAGCUUUGUCUCCUUCUUUCAUGUCCUGUAAGAUUUCGUCAACCCUUUUCGAAUCACUUGUCGCCCGUCUGUCUCUUUUCCCCUCGUUUUCCUGUUGUCGUUUCAAAAUUUGAACUUGAGAAUCGCAAGAGAGAAGGCGCAACUGCAUCCAGGAUCGAAGAUUUCUGGGUUUCCUGCGAUUUUUUCGUGUUUCUUUUCCCCAGAGAUUUCGGAUUAGGGGGGAAUCUUCUUCAGGUGAUACGAUUCUUUUCUUCAAGUACAAAUUUUGGGUCGUGUUGUGUAGUAUUUUGCAUUACCAGGAAGCAAUCGGCCCUUUGUUUUUUGAAAUUCGAGUUCUGACAUUUGGGGCCAUUUUCAGCUAGGUUUUAGGAUCGAUUAGACCAUUUGAUCUCUUCGAUUUUGGGUUUUUGUAGUCCGAAGAUAUGCUGUCAAAACACGAAACUGGGAAGAAGCGAGUUGGAGAAGGUGGGGAAUCUUCUAGCAGUCUCAAGUUUCUGAAGGAGGUGGAAACCUUAAGCAGAGCUCUGUAUCCGGACAAGAACCCAAGGAGUUCUGUCAAUGAUUCUAACAACGUUCCCUCGAAAUCGUCAGCUAGAACCCACUCUAGUGAGUCCCAGAAGGAGAAGAAAUCCAUUUGGAAUUGGCCUCUCAGAGCCCUUUCUCAUGUUCGAAACCGACGUUUCAACUGUUGUUUCUCCUUGCAAGUCCACUCCAUUGAAGGGAUGCCGUCGAUUUUCCAGGAUGUUUAUCUCACGGUGCAUUUGAAACGGCGUGACGAGUCUUUAAGCACUCGUCCUGCCAAGGUCUUGAAUGGAACAGCUAAAUUCGAGGAGAAAUUGAUGUACACAUGCUCGGUUUAUGGGAGCAGAAAUGGACCUCACCACUCGGCUAAGUAUGAAGCCAAGCAUUUCUUGUUGUAUGCAUCUGCGGUUGGAUCUCCUGAGGUUGAUCUUGGGAAACACCGAAUGGAUCUCACAAAGUUGCUUCCUCUCACUCUUGAGGAGUUGCAGGAGGAGAAAAGUUCGGGUAAGUGGUCAACAACCUUUCAGUUGACCGGAAAGGCCAAAGGUGCUACUCUCAAUGUGAGUUUCGGGUAUACAGUUGUUGGGGAUACUCGUAAUACCGCAGCAUCUAUGAACAUUCAGAAUGUUCGUGGUGUUCCAAAUCCAAGACAGAAUAGCAAUUACACAGCGAUGACAAGAACCUCUAGCAUAAAAUCUGGUCAAGGGAAUGAGAAAACGGCAUUUCGGCGGUAUGAAAGCCUUCCCAGUGUCGUUAACAAAGACCCUCCUCAUGCUUUGCCACGUAAUGUGGAGGAUAUAAAAGAUCUUCAUGAAGUUUUGCCGAUUCCCCAUUCUGACUUGGCCAGUUCGGUAAGCAUUCUGUAUCAGAAAUUUGACGAAGAAAAGGCGGAUCCUGCCGUUGAGUCUCAGUCUGAAAUUGAUGUUGUCACUAAGCACAUUGAACCAGUUGAGUCAAUUUCUUGUGAAGAAGAUGAUGCAGAUGCGCAAAAAGUUACAGAGCCUUCAGUUAUCGGACAUGAGACCGAAGCUCCUUUUGAGGUAUUCGAGAAAGUUGAGAACUUUCCCGAUUCUGGAAAUAAGGAAGUUGCUGAAGUUGGUACUGCAAAGUCUCCUGUGGAAGAUGGGAUUAAACUUGAUCAAAAGGAUGAGGAAAUUGCUCUUCCCAUGGAUGAUGCAGAGCAGCUACAAGGUCACACAACCGAAAAUGACGAGAGGUACGCAAAAGAAACAAUAAUGGAAGAAUUGGAAUCUGCUCUGAAAAAUGUGGAACUGUUGGAGACAGAAGCAUUGGAUCCUGAAGAAGAUCAAGAAAACUAUGCAGAAGCAGAAGAAAUAAAUUCCAUCACACCGAUAAAGGGAGUGAUAUCUCGAAACUCGAGUGAUGUCACUGAUUCCGUAGCAAGUGAGUUCUUAAACAUGCUGGGGAUUGAGCACAGCCCUUUUGGUUUAAGUUUCAGUAGUGAGCCCGAGUCCCCAAGAGAGCGCCUUUUAAGGGAAUUUGAGAAAGAAACACUAGCCAUUGGUUCCUCAUUGUUCGAUUUUAACAUAGAAGAUGAUGAGCCACAAAUGGAAUACGACGAAGAGCAUCCAGAAGAAGCCGCAUCAGAUUUCGAAGAAGAUUUCGAUCUGGCGUCCAUAAUUCACGAUAUAGAGGAGGAGUUCCAGUGGGAAACUCAAGAAAGAAUAGCCAGACCAAGGGCCAAGGUGUUGGAAGACUUUGAAACUGAAGCUCUAAUGCGUGAAUGGGGCAUGAACGAGAAGACAUUUCAGAACUCACCUCCUCACAACGGUGAUACUGGUUUUCAUCCAGUGGGUUUACCUCCCGAAGAGCCACUUCAAUUGCCUCCACUUGGAGAAGGUCUAGGUCCAGUUGUGCAGACAAAGAAUGGAGGAUUCUUACGGUCUAUGAAUCCGUCGCUUUUCAGGAAUUCCAAAGCCGGAGGCAGCUUGAUCAUGCAAGUAUCAACUCCAGUUGUGGUUCCUGCUGAGAUGGGCUCUGGUAUCAUGGACACACUUCAGCGUCUUGCCAUUCCUGGGAUCGAGAAGCUCUCUAUGCAGGCGAACAAGCUUAUGCCUUUAGAUGACGUAACCGGGAAAACCAUGCAAGAACUCGUCUGGGAAACUUCACCCGCCAUCAAUGGUGCUGAAAGGGAUCAUAUUUUGGAAACUGAAUCUGCUGCAUCUGGUUAUGAGAGGAGACCUGAAGGACGUUCAUCAUCUGGAGCAAGGGCUAGAAAAUUUAGUUCAGUCUCUGGCAAGAGUGAUGUUGAUUCCGAAUAUGUAUCACUCGAAGAUCUUGCUCCAUUGGCUAUGGAUCAGAUCGAAGAACUUGCUUUGGAAGGAUUGAGAAUUCAAUCAGGCAUGUCAGAUGAGGAUGCACCCUCGAACAUCACUGCACAGUCCAUCGGAGAAAUCUCGGCCUUCCAUGGGAAGAAAAGUGGAUCCCUUGGUUUCGAAGGAGCUGUCGGGUUACAGCUUCUCAACGUAAAGGAUCACGAGAAUGAAGAUGCUGAUGGAUUGAUGAGUCUUUCGCUUACUCUUGAUGAGUGGAUGAAGCUGGAUUCAGGCGAGAUAGGUGAUGAAGAUGAGAUCAGCGAACGAACUUCCAAGAUUUUAGCUGCCCACCAUGCGAAUCCCUUAGAAUUUGUCCGGAAAGGGUCAAAGGGUGAAAGGAGGAAGGGAAAAGGUGGAAGAAAAUGCGGGUUGCUCGGGAAUAACUUCACGGUAGCUCUAAUGGUGCAACUCCGGGAUCCUCUAAGGAACUAUGAGCCAGUUGGAGCACCAAUGCUUUCACUCAUCCAAGUCGAGAGAGUGUUCGUCCCUCCAAAGCCGAGAAUCUACAGCACGGUAUCGGAGCUUAGGAAAGAUAACGAUGAAGAGGAAGAGGAAGAGGAAGGACGGGAAGUGAAAGAUGAAACCCGAGAAGAGAAAGUCGUAGUUCCUCAGUACAAAAUCUCGGAGGUUCAUCUCGCGGGUACAAAAUCCGAGCCCGGGAAGAAACUAUGGGGAAACACAAAUCAGCAACAGGCAGGUUCGAGGUGGUUGGUAGCUAAUGGCAUGGGCAAAGUGAACAAGAACCCUUUCUUGAAAUCAAAACCGAACUCUGCAAAACCUUCGGGCGGGGAAACGUUAUGGAGCGUUUCGUCCCGCGGGUCGGGAGCUAAGUGGAAAGACUCGGGUAAGGUUAAGCCUCACGUUCGGAAUCCAAACUUUAUAAUGCCAAAGUGAAACGAUGGGAGAAGGUAAUAGGAAACUAUGGUUUGAUCAGUUCUUUGUUGCUGGGUUUUCUUUCUCUCUAUGUUGGAUUUCUUAAGUGGCAGAGUUGUAAAUUGGAAUUGCUGUGUUUGUGUUGGUGAAAAUUUUAGCGUUCACGGCAUCCAUGUUCAGUGCGUUGUAAGUUGGGGUGGUUAUUUCA